AUGGCCGUAAAAGUCACGGACGAGGAUUCUGUCCUUAUCUUGCUGUCGACCAAGAGCCCCACCAGCAUUACGCACCCGGAGCGACGAAUCCUCCUCACCCAGUCCCGACCAACACUCAAGAUCGGACGGUCAAGUAAUCGCUCUGCCUUGGGCCUGACACCGACACUCGACAACGGGUACUUCGACUCUCCCGUUAUGAGUCGAGAACACGCCGAGAUCGAAGCCGACAUUCCCAGACAGGUCGUCAGAAUCCGUGACGCAGGCUCUAUGCACGGCACAUACCUCAACGACGAACAGCUCGACACUGAGGUUGCCCGGCCUCUUGUUGUCGGUGACGAGGUCACCUUUGGCUCGUCUGUUUACCGAAACCAGAAGACCUUCAAGCCUGCUACCGUGACAGUUGGCAUAGAAUUUCAAACUGCUCAAGCGGAUCAUUCCCCUAGCCGUGUCUUCACUGUUCCGGACGACUGCUCGACUGACGAGAACGAACCUUUGGAUGACAACGCGCCUCAGAAGAUCCCAACCUACAUUUCUGAACAAGAGAUCAAUCCGUGGAGGGAAGAGAUGAACGAACAACAAGAUGUGGUGCGCCAGAUUGACGGCAUCAUCGAGAUCGAAUCCACUUCCGAGUCGGACUCCGACGCUCUUCCACAUGAUUGCAUUUCCAUUCUGUCCGGUGAUGGCGAUCACGAUGCUAUGGAUGCCGGAGAUCUAGCCGCAGAGUUUGAUGAUGACGAUGACGAGUCAAUAAGCUUGACGGAUGAUGAGGAAACAAGCUCUGCACCGGCGAGUCCCGUCGAGUCUAUUGAUCUUGACGAUCUUGAUCUCGAGGACAACAAUGGUGUUCGUUCGCCAUCCUGGAAUAGUGUUUCCACGGAUCCACAGAGUGAACAUAUGGCAGAGCAGCCUCCAUCUGGCCACAAUUCCGAAGACGAACAAGGCGUUUUCCUCUAUGAUUCGGAGUCUGAAGAGAUGGAUGACAUUGACCCCAUCGAUGUCGACUUUGACCCUUACGCGCAACCCGUCAUCCAUCAGAGCCAGUAUCCGCCAGCACAGACAACUCUUCCGACCCAACCAAUUCCAUCCGGACAUCCUAUCCUCCCGUCAAUCAGCACCGCGGUGUCUCAGCAGGGUUACCCCGAUUUCAAUUGCCAACUCGCCCCAGUAAUGCAGCCAGCGCCACGCCAGCCAAGCCCAUCUGACGCCGUUCUGCCGGUUGGCCGUCGUCACCAUGGGUCGGAGGACGAUUGUGUCGUCACAGUGAAGAGCUUGGGACUUAAGAGCGGCAAGCCUGAUUUUUUCGAAGCCCGAGAGCAGAACAAAAUCAAAAUGGCUCACUCGGGGGCGUUUCAUGGUCCGGGUUCCAACCCAUUCGCACAGAUAGCCUCGGACACAGCCAACAUCGAUAAGGACGUACCCCGUCCUGUGACCGAGGAUAUUCUACAAUGCCCUACGUCUUCAUCCACGGAGGUUGAGCAUCCAUCUGCUUCUGCAUUGAAUAAGGAAGCUCAACCAGAACCAAACCCUCAGCUCGAGGCUCAUACGGCACCAGUGCCACAGCCUUUCACAGGUUUCUCGGCCCGAAUGAAAAGUCAAGGCAACCAAGCACUCGCGAAGAGCUCGUAUGACUUCAUACCAAUGACUCUCGAAGACGCUCUCUCGGCUGCACCUCUUGAGGAGACUUCUGAGACGGACAUCAAAAUGCAGGAAGCUGUAGAUCCGACGUGGACUGCAGCUUCUGCUGACGAGUUGUUCCAAAUGAAGCAAUUGGCCCAGAUUCGAACGAAUGAGGCGUCAGGGUGUCGUUUGGACCCUCCGGAAGCGCCUAUGGCCGCCGAACGCCCAGAGCCGCGAAAAGACACUACCAAGGGCAAGCGCAAGGCAGCCGACAUUUCGGACACAACUGACGAGGAGCGCAUGUGGCAAGAGCUGGAGGAUGCUGGCGUGGUGCUUGAGCCCAGCAGCCCUGCCCUUACUCAGCCAGAGAUCGAAAUGGACUUGUCGAGGCUCUCCUUCCACAAUACCUCAGAGCAAGGAUCCACAGCCGUGAGACCAACCAAGAUGAGGAAAAUCGCAGAACGGGUUGGAUACGCUGCCCUUGGUGGUGCCACUGUCGGCGCGAUGGUUUUGACGUCGCUCAUCUACACUGCGCCCAACUUUGCGUGA